AUGAGCAGUGGAGUCAAAGUUAAAAGGUCAUUGAAUACUAACUACUGGGGUUUGACACAGAGGUUGGACAGCCUGACCAAUUCAGCAAGGCCACUGGCUAGUUACCACAGGUAUAAUAUUAUAUAUAAGUAUCCCUCCACUAAGGGAGAUGAGACUAUAAAUAGUGCUCCACCGACACUUGGAACACUUAUUUUCUCACAAGUACAACAAGCGAAAGAAAGGAGAAAGAAGAAGGAGAAGAAGAGAAGAGAAAGAGAAAAGAGAGGAAGGAGAAAUCAAGAAAGAAAUCAGUUUCUUGAGGCAGUAAUUGGAGAUUUUUGCAACCAGGAACUUAAAUUAGUGGGCGAGCAUAUGCAGUUGAAGGGAAUUUACCAAACUCAGCGGGUACUGAGAAUUGUUGAUACAGUUACUGUGGACUGUGGAGGUGAGAAUGUGAGUUGGCACACGGUGAGGCCGAAGGGGUAAUUCUGACACCAUGUGUCCGGUGGUUGUGAUUACUUGGUGUGAUUGAUGGUGGUUGUAUUGCAUCACUUAGAAUGCAUUUGGGUUAUGAUAUCACAAACCUAGGUGCUACAACCCCUUGUCAGUAACAGGAAAUGUACUGAGUAAUCCCUAUAUGUGGUUGUCUGAUAAAAAGUACACGUCCAUUGUAUUAAAAACUAUACCUAGAGGUGGAUGCAAUAGGUAUGAUGUAUUGUAUGCGUGGCUGCUAAGUAACUAACCUAGGGGUUGGCUAGGGGACUGAGGUUCUUUUCGAGAGUGGUUGACACUUGUCUGCAAGUAGUUUGUAUCUUCAAACUUGACGUAUCUGGAGCUGCUUCUGAUACUUGGUGGGUUUUCCAGAUACCGAUGUGGAGUAUAGACAUGACUGCAGGUGUGAUGACUAUGCCUAUGGAGGCUUAGGCUAUUGAGUGACUUCAAUAGUGGUUUUAUUUGUAGUAUUUUGUGUAUAUAUGUGGAUGUUCAGACUUGUAAGAGCUAUGGAGAUGUAUUAAAUUUCAACUUUUGUAUAUAUAUGAAAUUAAUAGCACAAAAUUGACACCAGUUUUGCA